GGUCAGGGAGGUGACCAAGAACUCGAUGCUCACUCUGAGAGAGCUCCAGAGUUCCUCUGUGGAGAUGGGAGAACCUUCCAGAAGGAGAACCAUCUCUGCAGCACUCCACCAAUCAGGCCUUUAUGGUAGAGUGGCCAGACAGAAGCCACUCCUCAGUAAAAUGACAGCACGCUUGGAGUUUGCCAAAAUGCACCUAAAGGACUCUGACAUGAGAAACAAGAUUCUCUAGUCUGUAGAAACAAAUAAUUAACUAUUUGACCUGAAUGCCAAGUGUCACAUCUGGAGGAAACCUGACACCAUGGUGGUGGCAGCAUCAUGCUAUGGGGAUGUUUUUCAGCGGCAGGGACCGGGAGACUAGUCAGGAUUGAGGGAAAGAUGAACCGUGCAAAGUACAGAGAGAUUCAUGAUGAACUGCUCCAGAGUGCUCAGGUCCUCAGACUGGGGCGACAGUUCACCUUCCAACAGGACAACAACCCUAAGCACACAGCCAAGACAACGCAGGAGUGGCUUCGGGACUAGUGUCUGAAUGUCCUUGAGUGGCCCAGCCAGAGCCUAGACUUGAACCAUAUAGAACAUCUCUGAAGAGACCUGAAAAUGGCUGUGCAGCAACGCUCCCUAUCCAACCUGACAAGAGUUUGAGAGAAUCUGCAGAGAAGAAUGGAGACCAUGGCAGACCUUGGUGUAAAAGUGGGGGAUAAGGUGCUGUUGGUGUGGAGCCAACCCUCAUCCCCAACAACCCUGAAGGAGCUGGCAGAGAGUCUAGGGUCCAUGGUUGGCUCUGAGGGCAGAGUGUCACUGGAGAAUAUGGAGAGACUUCUAAUGUCUUCACAUGCAGCAUCAACUUAUGACUGGGUCCUCUCAAGUCUACUCCCUGACAGCUCUUCCAUUCACACCUCAGAGACGCUAGCAGAGAUGGCCAGAGUGAUAAAACCUGGUGGGAAACUAGUGCUAGAGGAACCUGUGACAGGAACUAAUGACCAACAAGUAAGGACUGCUGAAAAACUUAUGUCAGCCUUGAAGUUGUCUGGCCUGGUGUCUGUCACUGAGAUCAGUAAAGGACCCCUGACUCCAAAAACGUUGUCUGCCCUGAGGACAUCUACAGGCUUCCAGGGGAACACUCUCUCCAGAGUGCGCAUGUCUGCUUCUAAACCCAACUUUGAGGUGGGCUCUUCUAGCCAGCUGAAGCUUUCCUUUGGGAAAAAGACACUAAAACCAGAAGACAAACCAGCUCUUGACCCCAAUGUUGAAAAGGCGUGGACCCUGUCAGCCAAUGACAUGGAUGAUGAUGAUGUGGACCUGGUGGACUCUGAUGCUCUCCUGGAUGCAGAUGAUCUAAAGAAGCCAGAUGCAGCCUCCCUCAAGGCCCCCUCUUGUGGUGACGGAACAACCAAGAAAAAGAAAGCUUGCAAGAACUGCUCUUGUGGUCUUGCUGAGGAGUUGGAACAAGAAAGCAAGGGUGUCCAGACGAUCAGCCAGCCCAAGUCAGCGUGUGGAAGUUGUUACCUGGGUGAUGCCUUCCGAUGUGCCAGCUGUCCGUAUCUUGGGAUGCCUGCCUUUAAACCUGGGGAGAAGGUUGUCCUGACCAACAUGGGGCUAAAUGAUGCCUAGGAACACUUAUGUAGUGUCACAUUAUUUACACACUGCUAACCUACUACUCCCUAGAGCAAUGUUCCCUCUUUUUUCCAGCACUGGGCAAAUUUCAGGUCUGCUGUGCAAACUCACAUUUACUGUGAACACUGAGGCUGUACCCACUUUAAGUUCGUUUUAACAGUGGUCAAGUACGCUACUGUUGCUAUUUGAACAUAAUGUGGUCCUACCAUCAAAAACGGCAUCCUUUAACAUGGAAAUAGAACAGCUAUCAUUCAGCCUACAGUAGCAGCUAAUGUGUGGUGUUCAAUGUAGGUCUACAUUCCAUAAGACUUUAGAAAAAAACAUGCAGGGCUUGACAUUAACCUGUUUAUCCACUUGUCCUUCAGACAAGGUGACAAAAAAUAUUGUUUGAUGCAAGAAACUACUUUAUAAAAUAAAAUGCAUUUAUUAUUCCCAUACCAUUAUUACAGACAGACAACUCAUCCUACCCUCUAUAUAUUGGCUACUUAACUCACUAACUAGCAAAGUAUAUAAACAAAAUGUGCACACAUGGCAACAUGCAGCUCUUGCUUUGAUCAACACAAGCGCAUCUACUAACGACCACUCAUGUGUAAACACAGUCCAGUUCAAAGGAAACUGCACAGAUCCAUAUAUGGCAAUGUUUUAUUUGCAAAUAGGCUUACUGCAGCUCUGAUUAUGCCACACUGAUCUGAGUAGACUGCAGAGUAUGGGCUGAGUCGUGCAGUGUCAAUGCAAUAGAAUCUUACUCUGCGUUCUGCUUAAUAACAAAAUCUCAACAUUCUCUUGCAUAGUUUGUUUUGUUUCAGUAUGUUGCAUUGAAAGUGGCUAAUAUUGUGUUGAUUCGAUCACAAUUGUCAGAGUAAAGGGAAAACAUUAUCAGUGUAACUAACAGGGAAAACUCUGAAGUUUAAUCCCAUGCUUCUUUCUCUCUUUGGGCUGAUAUUUAUUUUGCUCCGCAGUCCCGGGGGAGCUGCACGGCAGUCUCGGGGCUACUGCGCACCCACUUGCAGCUUAAAGGGAACAUUGCCCUGCAGUACUUGUUCAAUGCUGGGUUCUCAAUGAGGAGAGUGGUUCUACAUCUCAUUUAUGUGAGAGCAAAAACCAGAGUGAGUUUAAGAAAAUGAAGGCCUAAUGCACUGAAUUGCAGUCAGAAAUGUGUUAUUGCUGGUUGUAUACAGUUGUAAUACAUGUAUUAGGAGUAGAAUUUAAAGUAUCCAAGCAUGACUGAAUAGAUCAUAAUCAUUACAUCAAUCCAGGCUACGACCAUGUGAAAACUACAAUAUGCUACUGGAUACAGUGAAGAUUUCACAGAGCAGUCACCAUAUUUCAAGUAUAACUGGAACAUACAGGUGUCAAUUUGUCAGUUCAGUGAAUCGUGUUUAUUUUACUAUCUUUUUAACAAUAAAGAAAUCUGUUAAUCAUA